UUUCAUUAAUCUAAGAAUAGUGACUACUUUCAAAUAACAUGUUAAUAAUAUAAAUAAAUAUUAUUUGCUUUUGUUCAUAAUCGUAACUGUUAUUCGAACUUUAUUCCUUAUUUAUUACCUAUUAUUGUCAUCUAGCCCAAUAAUGUAUGAAUUUUCCAUACUACCUGAAUGGAAGAAAGUUCUGUGAACGAGAAGAGUGAUUCAUGGCUACGUAAAAAUUUAGUGAUUACCAAUUUCAAUGUUUUCAAUAUCUCCGACUCGUACUAUCCUCUUGUUUGUUUCAUAGACAAGUACAAAAUUCCUAGUUAAUAAUUCAUAUCGAGCAGAAAAUAGUUAUAAACAUUUAUAUAUUGUAAAUAAUAAAAUACCUAAGCGAUUUAUAAUUUCAUUACUAAAACAAUAAAAUGGGUCAAGGAAAAAGUCAGUUUACUGAAGAAGAACUCCAAGAUUAUGAGGAUCUUACAUAUUUCACAAAAAAAGAAGUGCUAUAUGCACAUCAAAAAUUCAAAGCUUUAGCCCCUGAGAAAGUCGGUCACAAUAAAAAUGCCAAGUUGCCAAUGGCAAAAAUUCUGCAAUAUCCAGAACUUAGAGUGAAUCCAUUCAGAGAUAGGAUCUGUAAGGUAUUCAGCUCCAGUAAUGAUGGUGACUGCACUUUUGAAGAUUUUCUGGACAUGAUGUCAGUGUUCAGUGAAAUGGCGCCCAAAGCAGUUAAGGCUGAACAUGCUUUUAGAAUAUUUGACUUUGAUGGUGAUGACAUGAUAGGUGUUUCUGACCUAUCAGAAGUAAUCGAUCGACUCUGUGGCACUGAUCAGAAGCUUAGUGACACCGAGAGACAACAAUUGGUACAAAAUGUUCUCGAAGAGGCCGAUCUUGACGAUGAUGGUGCUUUGUCAUUUGCGGAAUUUGAACACAUCAUUGAUAAAAGUUCUGAUUUUUGCCAGUCAUUCAGAAUAAGGCUGUGAAGCAGUGAAGUCUGUUUUAUGUCAAAAUA